AUGGACAGCAGCUUGCCGGUGACGACGACGGCGUCCUCGAAAUCCGACCGGCGAUCGAAAUCCAAGACUUACCAGAGCUCCUCCAAGUCCUCUCUUCUCAUGGGGUUUCUUUCUUGUCUUGCUUGGCUCUACGUUGCUGGCCGGUUGUGGCAAGAUGCGGAGAACAGAAUGUUGCUGGCGGGUUUGUUAAAGAAGAAUUCUGGUCAGCGACCUCGGGCGCUUACCGUGGAAGACAAACUCAUGGUCCUUGGAUGCAAGGAACUAGAGAGGAGGAUUGUUGAAGCUGAGAUGGAAUUGACGUUGGCCAAGAGCCAAGGUUAUCUAAAGAACCAAGUACAGCAAAGUGGUUCUUCUUCUGGUAAGAAGUUCCUUGCUGUUAUUGGAGUUUAUACUGGCUUUGGGGGCCGGUUAAGGCGCAAUGUUAUCAGGGGAACUUGGAUGUCAAAAGCUGAUGUGCUAUCAAAACUUGAAGAAAGAGGAAUUAUUGUUCGAUUUGUGAUUGGACGGAGUGCGAAUCGUGGUGACAGCUUGGACCGCAAUAUUGAUGAGGAAAAUCGUUCAACGAACGACUUUUUGAUUCUCGAUCAUCAUGAGGAGGCUGAAGAGGAGUUGCCCAAAAAAGUAAAGUAUUUCUUUAGCACCGCAGUCCAGAUGUGGGAUGCAGACUUUUAUGUAAAAGUCAACGACGAUGUUGAUUUGAAUAUUGAUGGUCUCAUUGAACUUCUCCAAAGCCGUCAUGAUAAAGAUAAUGCUUACAUUGGUUGCAUGAAGUCCGGGGAAGUAGUUGUUGAACAGGGAAAGCCAUGGUACGAGCCCGAAUGGUGGAAAUUUGGUGAUCAGAAAUCGUACUUCCGCCAUGCAGCUGGUCCGAUCGUUAUACUCUCUAAAAAUUUGGCGCAGUAUAUAAAUAUUAACAGUGCAUCUCUAAAGACUUAUGCUCACGAUGAUACCUCUAUGGGUUCAUGGAUGAUGGGUGUUCAAGCAACCUAUAUCGACGAUAGUAAUUUGUGCUGCAGUUACUCCCGGCAAGACAAGGUUUGUUCCUUGGCUUGA